CUGUGUAAGGGAAAAGUUGUGAAUAUGGAGACAACUGGUGACUUGAUAGCCUACCCUGAGAGGCUCAGUUUGUUGAAGCUGAUUCUGAGUGUAAUAUUUCCUUAUGGAUUAAGAUCCCACCUCACUAAAUAUGAAGAGCCCAUCAUACUACAGCUGGACCAGUACUGGAAAAUAAAGCUCUCACUUAUAUUGAUGAAAAUUGUCAAGUAUGUUGCAGGACCCUUGAAAGCAUUGGGUAUCUUGGUUGAAUUUCUUCUGAACCUGUUUGCUCAGAAUGGGGGAUUGUUAAGAACCCUGUUCAGUUUGUUAAACGGAAGCAUCAUCAUACCCAAGAGAGGAUCAGAGGAUUUUUUAAGUGUGAUUGGCCAUUUAGAGCGGUGCACAGAUCUGUAUAAGAGCAUCUCUGAAGAUGAUUUCUCAGUCAUGGAGGGUGGGGAUCGAGUGUUUGCAGAUAUCUCAGCAAUGGCUUCAACCUUAGCUUAUGAAAACAAGUUGGUUAUCAGGAAAAGAGUCAACCAGCACUGGAAGAUGCAUUUUGUGGAGUUCUUCGACUUCUGGGACGAUCACUUGCAGAAGAAAUCUACACAAGCAUUUGUAAUAUGUGACAAGGAAAUUGAUGCCAAAUUAAUAGUGGUGGCCUUUAGAGGAACACAAUUAUUUGAGGCAGAUGAUUACAUAACAGAUUUAGAUUUCUCAUGGUACGACUUUCCCCAAAUAGGAAAAGUCCAUUUAGGAUUUCUAGAGGCUUUGGGUCUAGCAAACCGUUCAAUUGAUAAGAAAUCCUCACUUCAUCUCGAAACACAAGACAACAAAAAACCUUUAGCCUACUUUGUUCUAUGUCAAAAGUUAAAGAACCUUUUACAAAUCCACAAAAAUGCAAAAUUCAUUGUGACAGGUCAUAGUCUAGGAGGAGCCUUAGCUGUAUUAUUUUUAGCAAUGCUAUUUGUGAACAAGGAAGAUAAGUUGUUAGAAAACCUAUUGGCUAUUUAUACAUUUGGACAACCUAGAGUUGGUGAUAAAGAAUUUGGAGAUUUCAUGAAUAGCAAACUAAAACAAUCCACACCCAAAUAUUUUAGAGUUGUAUAUUCCAAUGACCUUAUUCCAAGAUUACCUUUCGAUGAUGGCCUAUUCAUGUAUAAGCACUUUGGAGUGUGUCUUUACUACAACUGCUUUUAUUGUCAAAAGAAUCUUGUGGAAGCCCCCAAUAGAGAUCUCUCGUUGGUGUACUUCAUACCCAUAAGAAUAACUGCCAUAUGGGAAUUGUUACAAUCCUUGGUAUUACAUUAUAGUAAGGGAGAGAGCUUCAAGGAAACCAAACUUUCUAUUAUCUCCAGAAUAUUUGGAAUUUUGGUUCCAGGGAUUUCAGCACAUAGUCCAGUAAAUUACAUUAAUGCAAUAAGAUUGGGUCCUCCUAGAUUGAAUCCAACUUUGAGUAAUGUAAAAGGAUAAUAUAUCUUAUUUGAAGGAUGAAGUCUUACUAAUGUGAAUAGUUGAAUACAAAUCAUUCUUCACAUUGAAAGAAAGACAUUCACUUUGAGCCCAUCUUUUAGAUGGUUUCCACUUAUUUAGAAAAUUUUAUUAUAGAAUUAGGAUAUUCAAUUA